AUGGCUAUCCUCAUUGCUCCUGACAACCAUGUUCCUAAAGAAGAUGCUGAAGCUCUCUACAAGGCUUGUAAAGUGUUGGCAAAUGUGGCCAUCAGGAAGUCUGGCGAUUUCCAUGUAAUUGUUGAAAUUGCCUGUGUCCUAUCUCCAGAGGAGCUCUUGGCUGUGAAGAGGGCUUGCAAGGCUCGCUACAAGCAUUCCUUGGAAGAAGAUCUUGCAGCCCAUACCACUGGUGAUAUCCGGAAGCUCCUGGUUGGAUUGGUGACAGCAUUUAGGUAUGAAGGUGAUGAGAUUAAUGCAAGAUUGGCUAAUUCAGAAGCUGAUACUCUUCAUGAUGCAAUCAAAGACUACAAGGGAUUUAAUCAUGAAGAAGUCAUUAGGAUCCUGACCACCAGGAGCAAAACACAGCUCACGGCAACUUUCAACCGCUACAGAGAUGACCAUGGCAGUUCCAUCACGAAGGCCUUACUAGAUGAGCCUGCUGAAGAGUUCAAAACAGUUCUCCGGACUGCCAAUUCGAUGCAUCAACAACCACAAAAAAUUUUGCGCAAUGCCAUCAGAAAGUUUGGAACUGAUGAGGAUGCACUGACUCGUGUGAUUGUCACGAGGGCAGAGAAGGACUUGAAUGAUAUCAAGGAACUAUAAUACAAGAGAAACAGUGUGCCCCUUGAUCAGGCAGUUGCCAAGGACACUUCUGGGGAUUACAAGGCUUUCCUCCUAUCUCUGCUAGGAAAGGAGGAUUAAAUUUCGUUCUUCUGUUAGCAUUUCAGAGUUUUCAGUCACAAUUCAAUAAUGAUUUGUGUAGAACUUUCUUUCUGUGAGACUUUGGUUUCUAUGGUCAUGGUUUUGAGUUCCUAACUGGUUUGACAUUA